AAAAAUAAGAUCGAAAUAGCUCAGACAUACAAGGCAAGCACUGUUCUAAGUAACAUGAUAAAAUGAAUUCUGUCAAAAUUGCAAAUACGAGGUCUUGCACUUUUACCGACGAUAUUAUUUACUAUGAUGUUAAAAAAAGACACAAUGCAUGGUUACAACAGCAAAUUUAUUAGGAUGUAAAUUGGAGCUGGAAUGUCAAAUAAUAAAACAAGUGAUGAAGUUUAAAUAUCUAGGCAUUAUAUUAUCUAUCUGCGGAAAGCUCGAAACCAAAUUGAAAGAUCAAGUAAAUAGAGCAAACAGAGCCGCAGGCUACCUAAAUGAAACAAUAUGGAGAAAUAAAAAUAUCGGGAAAGAAACGAAAGGCAGAAUUUACAAAACAGUCAUAAGACCAAUAAUGACAUACGCGGCAGAAAGAAGACCUGAUACAGAGAGGACAAAAAGGAUGUUAGAAACAGUAGAGAUGGAAAUAAUUAAAAAAAUUGAUGGUAAGACACUAUGGGAUAGAGCUAGAAGUACAGAUAUACGACGUAGAUGCAAGGUGAAGAGCAUCAAGAACUAGUUAAGAAAUAGAAGAGUAG